AUCUGGAUCAAAAUGUCAACGACCGGUACUGAACGACAUUGUAGGCUUUGUCUCAUGCUUAACAAAGGAGGGACACAAGCAUGCCAUCAUCUGCUUUUAAAGCGUGUCAAAGAACUUAGUCCUAAAGAUCAUGAUCCAUAUCCAUGGACAGUUCAGCAAUUUUUGGACACAAAAAAGCAAGAAAUUAUAAAAUCAAACAUGUCUAAGAAAAAGUUCAAAAUCUUGUUUCCAGACCACGGUGACACUGUACUUACAACAUGGGAUUUAUCCCUUUUUUGCACAGUUCUAACAGUAUACUGUGAUUUAAAGUCUUCUAUGCGGGUAGAUGUUGAUCAACUUCGAAAUCGACGGAAUGAGCUUUGUCACAUGAACGAACCAAACAUAUCUGUUUCUGAAUAUGAAGACAAACUAGACGGUAUUCAAGUCACAAUAUCUCGACUUGUUGAGAAACUUGAUGAUCUUAAUGUGAAGAGAGAAAUAGACAAUGUCAUCAAAAAUUAAGAAAGUGCAACUCUUUCACUUGAUGAAACGCUUAAAGAAAUGCACGCUUUCUAUGUGAUGGAAAUGGAUAUUAGUGAAAAACUUGACCAUGUUGGGGAAUCAAUAUUACAAAAGCUGGAACAAUUUGACGAUACGCGGGAAUUAAUCAGAAGGAUGCUUGGUGAGAGUUCAAGAAUCAAUACAGUUCCUGGUGUUAAGAUUUUUCUUGAUUUAAAAAAUGUCAGUGAUGACGAAGAAGCAAAAAUGUCUGAUGUUUUACAACAGUUGUUUGAAGAGGUCAUUCAUGAGGACAAUGAUUUCAAAUCUAGCAUACCUGCAGAAUCAUAUGUAAGACUGAGGGGGGCAAUCAAGAAAACAUUUGAACGAUUUCUUUCGAAAGGCUGGAAAAUUACAGGCGUUAUACACGAAUGCAUACAACUACAUAUUGAGUGUACUAAUUUUACAGCGCUAGCUGCCUUGAUAAGGGAACAAACUCACGGACUCAUAGAACCGCAACUAACAGAUUUAAACGAAGCAUUAACCGAAUGCAUACAUGAGGAAAUGCUUUGUUUAGAAACUACCAUUUAUAAAGACGAAUUUUGGAAUGUCAUAGAUAAAUCAAUCUCAUGUGUCGAAGAUGUUUUAAAAGAACACAAUAUCGACAUGGCGAACCAAAGUGACAACGCACAACUUCUCGGUGAUGAUAUCAGAAAGCAUUCAUUAUCAUUAUCAGCUGAAAAAGUUGGGUCGGAUGGUAGCGGGUCAUUCGAGGGAGACUGUAACAAUAAGCUAGAAACUUUUCUACAGUUACUGAAAGCAGAACUGAAAUCAGAAUUCCACACUCCGAAUCUAUUAAUCCAAGCAAAUUUCUCGACAAACGUGAAUCACGAAUCUAACGAUUCAAGCAUCGGCAACAAAGUUGAAUUACCGGAAGAAAAUACGCAAACAAUAAGAAGUGAUCAUCAGAGUCCGAAAUUCGAUAAAAAAGAAAAGGAAAUUAUUAAAACUUUUAAAGACGAAGACGGCGAAUAUGUCGAGAGAGUCUUUAAAGAGUUAUCAUUGAAAGAUAUAGAGCAACAGCAGAUGGGGACACUUGUUAAACAAGAAGAACACAGCAGUAAGGAAAAGAUAGAAAUUGCAGGUCAAGUAAGAAAGGAUAUUUCAACUGCAAUAUCCUCGGCGAGUACAGCAACUGAUUUGAAGGAAGUGGAAACGGAAAAGAUAGAAAUUACAAGUCAAAUAAGAAAAGAUAUUCCAACUGCAAUAUCCUCGGCGAGUACAGCAACUGAUUUGAAGGAAGUGGAAACGGAAGGAGACUUGCACAAGAAUACGUUACAUGCAAUCUUGAAUUCGUUAAAUGCUAUAUUAGUGUACUGUGAACUGGCCAGUCUUACGUUGAUUGAAAGCGAUCGCUCAUUUUUGGAUAAAUUAUAUGUGAAAAUGGAAGAAGUACGAAGCCUUGUUGGUGCCAUGUUUUGGACAAUUGAAGACUUCGCAUAUUACAUGGAAGAUAGUUUGCAUAAUUUGGCGUUACCCAGAUUAGUAAAAAAGGAGUGGGGGAGAGAAGGAGGGGGUAACUGA